CACUUCCGCGUUACGGUUGUCCUUUUAAUGGUCCCUCGGCGCUGUAGCGGUGCAGUCCUCCGAACAGGCUAGUUAAACUAAGGGUGUCUGAAAGUUGCCGUUUCUAAGCGGGACCAUCACACAGACGUCUGAUUUCGCCAGAAGGCAGUCAUACUCACUGUAACAAUGGCUGAUUCUAGUUUUGGCACAAUUGAAACUGAUGAUGGACUGCAGGACUGGUCAGCAAUGAGAACGAGGCUGAACUCUUUCCAGGCCUUUCCCCUAGUUCAAAAGGUUUCUGCGGAGAGACUGGCCCGGGCAGGGUUCUACUUCACAGGAGAGUCUGAUCGGGUACGCUGCUUCAGCUGCCAGAAGAUAGUGGGGAACUGGCGCCAAGGGGACACUCCAGUAGAGAGACACCGCGAGGUCUCGCCUGCCUGCAAGUUUCUCAUCUGUGCUCACAAGAGGAACCCCUUAGAUGGUCACUCUUCUCAGAUCACUGACUAUGAUGAAGAGGCAGAAGCUAUGGAGUUCAGUCUCCGCACAGGAGAGAUUGUAGAUGAGACCAUAUACCCUAUGGUUCCGCAUAUGAAGAGUGAAGAAGCUCGGCUGAGCACAUUUGACAACUGGCCUUCAUGGGCCCCGGCCCGGCCCACUGACCUUGUGCAGGCUGGGCUGUUUUAUGUGCCAGAGACUGACAGGGAAACAGACAGAGUGCAGUGCUUUUGCUGUGGUGGCAUGCUGACAGGCUGGGAAGACGGUGAUGAUCCCUGGGCUGAGCAUGCUAAAUACUACCGAAACUGCUUCUUCAUCCUGGGCCAUGAUGUGGGGAACAUGCCCUCAGAGCUGGUCAGGCAGAGGAGCUUUGGCAACAGAUGUUCCAUGGAAACCUUUGAGGAACGCCUAGACAGCUUUAGAGACAGACAGCAUCCCAUCAGUCAUGAAAGGCUGGCCAGAGCUGGCUUUUAUAGUACAGGUGAGCAGGAUCGUGUGAUGUGCUUUAAAUGCGGAGGAGGUCUGAAGGACUGGCAGCCAACUGAGGAUCCUUGGGAGGAGCAUGCCAAGCAUUAUCCUGGAUGCAGUUUCCUGCUUGCAGAAAAAGGGCAAGAAUUUGUCAACAGUGUGCAGCUGGGAAGUCCUAGAAGCCGCUAUCCAAAUGCAAGCAGUGAGAAUGGAUUUUCAAGUCAUGAGAAAGCAUCAAAUGUAAUGCAGUCGGAGAUUGCACAGAAAGCAGUUGGAAUGGGUUUCGACCCAAUUAAAGUGGAACGGAUCAUUUUAGAAAAGAUACGUCUGAGCAGUGAGGGCUAUUCCAAAGUGGAAGAUCUCAUUGAAGAUAUCCACAACGGUGUGUUUGAUAGUGAUUCUGAUACUGAGGAUCCUUUGAAGAAGUUGGAGAAACUUCAACGCGAAAAGCUCUGCAAAGUUUGCAUGGAUGAUGACAUUUCUAUCGUCUUCAUCCCAUGUGGGCAUUUGGUCACCUGCAAGAAAUGCUCUGAUUCUGUUGACAAGUGCCCCAUCUGCUGUGCUGUCAUCACACAGAAAAUCAAAACCUAUAGCUCUUAACUUCCAGUGGACUCGAACUCUAAUAGAAAAGCUGCUUUCAUAAUCACUUAGUUUUCAGCAUUCUUUAAAAUGACACAUAUGGAUAUAUUUGUUGAAUGACUUGUACAUAAACAGGGACAGCAUUGCUUUUAUGUUUUGUUAUAUCAUGGUGCAUAAUUUUUGUAUGUUUGCCAUAGAUCAGGGCAAAAAUCACUACAGACAAACAGAAAUAUGCUAAAAGGGAACAGUGUAAAUACUUAUCACUAUUACUUCUCCAAGGUAAAUUUGCUUUGUGUUCAGCCUAUGUACAUUUAUGAUUGUUUUCUGUAGUUCAGAGAAUCCUGGAUUAUGCAGUCUGUGGGUACUUCACACUGUACAGUUUCCUAGGCAGUGCUUAGUCUGUCUGUCUGCAUGACCAAGUGGCAGGCCUGCCAUUGAGAGAGGACCCCUGCCAUACCCACACUGUGAGGACAAGGCAUACUGCUCUUAGUAAUUCUGAGAAUCAAACUACAGCCCAACUCUUCCUCUGAAGGAUCAUGGAAAUGGAAUAGAAUUAGGCAAUCAUAGCUUGUUGAUCUAUUCUGGAGCUGCCGUUUUUGUUAGAGAAUCCUGGUUGUUGAAACAUAUUGUCUGAAAACUUAAUCCUGAAUCUAUGUUGUUAGGGCUAAAUAAAGUUUAAUUUCAGACAGGUGAACUGCAGAAAUACAGGCAGUGCUCUAUUCAGAGUGCCUUUCUCUUGAUGUAAUGAAUGAUUUCAAUUUUGUCCUGUUUUAAUUAUUUAUUUGUAGUUUAAUGUACUUGUAAUUCUUAUUGAUGCAAUAUCAUAUUUGUUAGAAACAAUGUUAGAAAAAAAUUACUUUUUUUUUUUUUUAACCAUAGUUUCUUAAUUAUGUUUGCUAAUAGAUUUUCAUGCUGUAGAGUGUUUUUACAACAUGUGUUUAUAUAACCCUGGACAAUAAAAUGAGAGUAUAUUUGUAUUUCACAGUGGUAUUUAUGUCUGCACUAGGGGAGCCACAUAGGAAACACAAAAUCAACAAACACUGUCACUGUACCUGUAGGUCAGGUUUUUUAGAAACUAGUUGGUGUUUACAAGGUUGCUUCACAGGGCAAUAAACAAGAGAUGAUGGA